AUUGUAACACAGUUGAGUGCUUUCUUCAAUGUGUGUCCUAUCCACUUCCAGCGCUUUUUCCUGAUUUCUCCCUCCGCUGGGAUCUGCUUUGUUCUCUCCCACAGUACGUUGUUGCUAAUAUUGUCCGGCCAAUGGAUCUGAAAUGAUUGCUUUCGUAGUUCUUCAGGUUUCCGCCCCAUACAGUAGAACUGUCUUGACAUUUGUAUUGAAAAUCCUGAUCUUGGUGUUGAUUGACAGUUGCUUUGAGUUCCAGACGUUCCUCAGUUGUAAAUAUGCUGCUCUUGCUUUACCGAUCCGCGCCUUCACAUCUGCAUCAGAUCCACCGUGUUCAUCAAUGAUGCUGCCCAAAUAUGUAAAGGUUUUUACAUCUUCCAAAUCUUCUCCGUCAAUUGUGAUUGGAUUGGUGCAUGCUGUGUUGUAUCGGAGAACCUUACUCUUCCCUUUGUGUAUAUUGAGACCUACUGCUGCUGAGGCUGCUGCUACACUGUUCGUCUUCUCCUGCAUUAGUUGUUGUGUUUGGGAUAGAAGGGCCAGAUCAUCUGCGAAGUCUAGAUCGUCUAACUGCAUCCUAAAUGUCCAUUGUAUCCCGCGUUUCCCUUCAGAUGUUGACGUCUUCAUGAUCCAGUCGAUCACUAGGAGAAAGAGAAAGGAUGAGAGUAAGCAACCUUGCCUGACACCGGUCUUUAUUUCGAACGACUUUGUCAACUGUCCUCCAUGCACGAUUUUCCAUUUUAAUCCGUCAUAUGAACUCUGUGUGAUAUUGACUAUCUUCUGAGGCACGCCAUAGUGUCGAAGAAGCUUCCAUAGUGUUGUUCUGUCCACGCUAUCAAAUGUCUUUUCGUAGUCAAUGAAGUUGAUGUAGAGUGAUGAAUUCCAUUCAAUUGAUUGUUCCACAACGAUCCGUAGAGUUGCGAUUUGGUCUGUACAGGAUCUAUCCUUACGGAAUCCAGCUUGUCGGUCUCUAAACCGAAUGUCUACUGGCAACCUGUUCCAGAGGCUUGCAUAGCGUGUUACAAAGGAAGUUGACUUCAACAUGCUUGGUGUUCUCGAUAUCUUUAGUACAAAAAACGUAGAUAACUACGUAGGAAUAAACAAUAUUUGAUUGCUUACUUACACGUAGAGAAGCAAAUAUCACCCACUAGCAUUCUCCAUCCAACUCUUACCUCGACAAUUGUUUCCAGUUACUGUUUGUGCUGUUGAUGUCUGCUUCCAAUUUCCCACGCAAUAUGUUGUUUGGCCUUCCUCUUUCACUCUCUCCUCCAGGAUUCCAAGUUGGCGCUCGCUUUGUGAUGCAGUUUGAUGAUUUUUGUAAUGUGUGUCCUAUCCACCUGUCAACUUCUUUUCCUAAUUUCCUCCUCAGCUGGAACCUGGUUUGUUCUCUCCUAUAGUAGGGCUGUUGCUGGCAGUAUUCGGUCAGUAGCGGACAAUGAGUAUCUUGCUUAGAUAACCCUUUAUAAAUACUUGUACGUUCCUGCUGGUAGUUGUAGUAGUUCUGGAAGUUUCGGCUCUAUACGAUAGAACUGUCUUGACGUUCCUAUUGAAAAUUCUGAUCUUGAUAAUAGCUUUUAGUCAGUCGUUUUAAGUUCCAUAAGUUCGUUACCUGGAUUUGUUGAUAUUUAUGGGAUAGAACGGCUAGGUCAUCUGCGAAGUCCAAGUCUAGUUGCAUACAAUUUGUCCAUUGUAUUCUGUUCUUUCCCUCAGAUGUGUAGGUCUUCAUAAUUCAUCCAACCACCAGAAGAAAUAGGAAUUGGGUUAGUUGGCAAUCUUGUCUGUCACCGGUCCUCACUUCGAGUGGGUCUGUCAGUAGUCCUCCAUCCACCACUUUACAGUUUAGUCCAUCGUAUGAAUUCGGUAUGAUGUUGACGAUUUUUUCAGCUACUCAAUCCAUAGUGUCGAAGAAGGUCCUAUAAUGUCCUAUCCCACUGUCAAACGCCUCAUUGUCAAGGAAUUUGAUAUAUGGUGACGAGUACCAUCCAAUUGAUUGUUCAACGAUAAUCCAUAGUGUCGCGAUUUGAUCAGUGCACGACCGAUUAUCUCGGAAUCCGGUAUGCUUUACCCGAAGUUGGGUGUCUACUGAAUCUUUCAUCCGGUUCAGCAACAUUGUUGAGAAAGUUUCCUGGUACUGAUAGUAGUAUGAUGCUUCUGUAGUUCUCACAUUUGCUCAAAUCUCUUUUCUCCGAUAUAUCGAUGAGGUAUUCUCCUUUCCAGUCUGUCUGUCUUCUUGAAUAGAACUUGGAGCAUGUUUGCAGUUGCUUCUAUGUCUGAGUUUAGUGCUUCGUCUGGUAUAUUGUCAGAUCCAUCCGAUUUCCCACUGUUGAUUUGUGUGAUGGCCACAAUUAAUUUCUUCGAUCGUUGGUGGAAUGACAUCUAUAGGAAGGUCUGUAUACACUGCUUCGAUAUCCGGUGAAUUCAAUGGAGCUGGUCUAUUCAAGAUUUCCUCGCAGUGCUUUAUCCUUAUGUUCCCCUGUUCUUCAAUCUCGGUGAUUGGCUUGUCUUCUUCGUCCUUGACUGGUCUCUCUGGCUUACUAUAUUCCCCUACCAGUUUUUUCGUCGUGUGAUAUAGUUGUUUCAUAUUUCCUCUUGUAGAACUGAUCUUUAUCAUCGUCAUUACUAUCAUUGGUGAGUACAUUACAUUGGAUAACAUUCAUUGUAAUUCCCUCCUUUGUUUUAAAGGAUGCUUUGAUGUUCCAGCAUCCAUCAGAUUGCCAUCCUACAAGUGCAUUCCGUGCUUGUUCGAACAGCAUCAGAGCAACUGCGUGAGUGUGUGGAGCAUGUUUUUGUUCGUGACCAGAGUUCGUGAGUAUCUUUCCCAAAUCUAAUGUUUUCUGUCCAGUUUGGGUUCAAUGAGUUUCACUGAUUCCGAGAACUGCCAAUUUGUAUAAUUUCCGUUGCUAUUUAACUGGUCCUCCCGGUCUCCCACAUUGUCUAGACAUUCCGUAUACCUUUAACGAAUGUUGCUCUGGUUGUUAGAAGGGGCAUCGACCUCGUGACUUCCGAAGAAUUUCGGCUUUCAUGAUGAGGCGUGAUAAUUCUUCUGAAUGAAGAUGCUUGAAUUCGGAGAACAGAGUUUAAGUGGUUUAAAUUUUUUAUUCUGGUUAGUAUUUGUAUUCAGCUAGGUUGUUUUCUACGGGAUAGGGUUGCCGACCCCACUCCCAGCCCUCUUCGUUUGUGUUGGCUUGGGACCGGCAGUAUCCCUAGAAGAGGUAUAGGCGGAGUUUUAGUUUCCACACCUGACAUCUAAUUCUUCUGGGAUUGUUUUGUUUUAAAGUAAUUGGACUCUGACCAAUAUCAUGAACUCUAAUGUAUGCACGAUUGACGACUUUUCCGAGCUUAAGGAUCUAGUUGAGAAGUCCCAUAAUGUUAAGGCAGAUGUAUCUGAUGAAAUCAAGAACUUACUUGCUAAAAGAAGUGAAAUAGAGCAUAAAUUAAAAAAGAUAAACUCUCUAAUACCUGAUUUCCAUAAGUUACAAAUAAAUGCCGAAAAUUCUUCAAGAUUGGUGGGCUGUGCUUCAAAACUUGCUCUACAGCUCAGUGGGAAAGUGGCGCAAUUAGAUUUUGUGAAAAAUCAUGUUCUUAAUUGUGUAGAUAAACUUAGUCAUAUAAUUACUGUAAGGAACAGUGCAGUUGGAGUGAAACAAUGUCUCAUUGACUCUAAAUUAGAUGAAGCCGCUGGUCACGUGUUUACUUAUCUGGAAAUGGAGAGAGACAUAAUUUCUCUUAUCUCUCGUCUAUCAGCGGAUAAUCCUGAUAAUAACCCAUUGACAACUCUGGAUGACAGUCGACAAAUCCUCGUGAAGAUGGCAAUUGGGAAAUUUGAUGAAUAUGUUUCGAAACGGGAUGAAAAGAAUAUAGUACAUUUGUUAAAGAUAUUUUUCUUAUUGGGCGAAACCAAUGAAGGGAUUCGACGAUUUUCUACAUAUCUUUGUUCAUACAUUUCAAAUAAAUGUGAAAUAUUGAUAACUACUUAUAAAUCAUCUUCAAAAUCAUCUGAAUUUGCAUCAGCUAAUCUAAUCACAGAAAUUUUAGAGUUUGUUGCGGAUACAUUGAAAAAUAAUUCAAUGUACGUCGAAACAUACUGUGGCCCAGGGAACAUAUUUGGGCUUGUAUCUUCUGUUCAUUGUGUUGUUGAUCAAUACGUCAAGUGUGUAAUCGAGCGUUUCUAUAAUUAUCAUCAUCUUGAUGAACUUUGUUCAGUGCUCAAGAAGUUAAAUAGUAAUAGUUUAAACAGCAAAAGACAUGAUUCAUCAGCUCAGUCGAUCAAUCGAGAUAAAAUAUUGGAUUCAAACGAAUUAGGAACAGAUCGCGUAUUGAUCAUUGAGCCUAUAAUUGUUGAAACGUUACAGAUCAUUACAUGUUCAGAACUUUAUUUGAGAUUUAUACAGAGGCGAAUUUCUGCUGAUAUCAAACAGUGCAAUCUUGCAGAAAAUGAUUUUAAAAAAAAAAGUACUGAAAUUUCAAAGUUUUUUGAAAAUUCACAUCUUGUUCGUCAAGUACAAGAUUUACUCAAUAAAUAUCUUAAUUUAGAACAAUAUUAUCUUUAUGUGACAAUGAUAAAGGCAUUAAGUUCAGAUGAAGUGGACUCAUCUAGUAAUACAUGGUGUUUUAUUGACGAUGUGUUUUUCAUCACUAAGAAAAGUCUUGUUCGAUCUCUUUCAUCUGGUAAUGUGGAUACUAUUUGUGCUAUGGUGAAUCAUAGUUGUUCAAUGCUAAUUGAUCUUAUGGUAAAUGAUUUUCUGGGCAACGUUAUUCGUACAGGGUUUCCUUCGGGUUGGGUACAAGAUGCAUACAGUUAUGUUCAGAAUAGUGUUGCUGUGGCUGGUUCACUUAGUUCUUCUUCAUCUAUUGCCAAUGUUUCAACAGUAUCAUCAUUUAAUAUGAUUGGACCUAAUGCGCUUACAAGAUAUCAUUUUCUAGUUACUCUUAAUAGUAUUGAAGCAUCUCAAAAAGAUUUAUUGUCUCUUGUUAAUCAUUUUGAAAAUGAAUUAAAUUUACUUUAUCAAAAUCAAGAAAUUAAUUCACAGAAACUUAAUAUGUGUAUCACGGAAUUAAAAGUUUCUAUCUCAGAUCAACUUCAAGCAUUACUUGAUUCUGCAUUCGAGUAUCUUUCAACUAGUGUUAUUCAAAGUCAAGUAAAAACUUUGUUAAAUGUUUUCAAAUCAUUGAAAUAUGAUUUAAUUGAGGAGGAUUUAGAUGUUUUCGCUGCUAAUGAUCGAUGGAUUGAAUCAUGUAUAGCUCAUAUAGAAGAUUUUCUCAAACCAUUUAGGUCUGUUUUAUCAACUGACAAUAAUGAUCGAUUUGUAUUAAUUCUUAUCAAUGAAAUUUUGCAUCAACUUGAUCAAUUUAUUCAAAGGAAAUCAUUCAAUAGAUUUGGAGCUAUUCAAUUAGAAAAAGAAUAUCGUAAUUUAUUUGCCUAUUUAACAUCAAUAUCUUAUAGUUCAUUGCGUGAUUAUUUUACGCGUAGUUUACAAAUUUGUAGACUUUUAAAUUUGGAUCGAAUUGAAGAAGUACAUUAUUAUUGGAAUAGUUCUAAUUGGCGUCUUACUGCACAUGAAGUUAGAAGUAUUCUAUCUCUAAGACGUGAUUUUGCCGUAAAUGAAAUUCGUGCACUUAAACUACAAUGAUCUUAUUUUUUGUCAAUUGUUCUCUUUUCUUUCUUUUUUCUUCUUGUUUUUAUUUUCUCUAAAUGUAUUAUAUUGUUUUUGUUUUUUUGUAAUUUUUACAAUUUAUGGGAUAUCCCAACUGUUGUUACCAUAGAAUUGGUGGGUUUUUUUAAAAAAUACAAAUUUGCUAAAGUUG